CGUGUCCAUACGCGGCUGUUUCGCAAACGGCAAAGAUGUCUGAGAUGGCCUCAUUCCAGUGUGAUACUCCUAGUUAGCGCGAUGUUCAAUACUAUCUUAGCCCCCUUCCUUGGUUCCUGUACUUUGCGGCUCGUUUUACAUAGUCUUAUUUCCACAGGUCCAACUUACGGUAGUUGUUGCUAGGCUCUAUCAUUAGGCCUUUGUAACUUCCCGUACUGGCAAACUUAUCAGAAAAUCUACCAUAUACUAUGUAUUAGACAUGUAUAGCGGCUACUGUAAUGUUUAACCAUUCUGCUAAUUAUUCCUAUUCAGCAGAAUUACAUGCAGACCUAUCCCCCACUUCCGGCACUAAUACCUUCGUCCACUCCUUUCCCUUCGGUACAAUUUCAUUUACACCGUCACCCGGUAUAAUGACAUUGUAAAUGGAUUCCGUUCGAUACUUAAGGUUACGCAUUGCGCUGGUAGGGUGCGGACUCUACGGGUUAGGACAAGAAUGGAUAUACACGAGCAGGACCUUUUCAGAUGGCAGUGCUCCGCAGUUCCUGACCAGCCCGUUGAUUUAAUUUCAACACCUAGCUCAAGUCGUGAUAAAAUACUAUUUGAGCCCCAGACUCCACCUUCAUACCAUGCGGUUAUCUCAAGCAUCGAGGAGGACGACACAAAUGACUUGAGAGACGACCCGUCUAACACGCACAAUCAUGGAUUCGGAUCAGAUAGAGUCGAUAAUACCUUUUCAUGCCAACAAUUGCAUGCUGGUGCUACGAGGUUAGAUACAUCCUCUAGCGAACUGGAGGCAAAUCCUUACGAAGGCUGGGAAACGGCUCCGGAAUUACCGAUUACAAAUACGCCCAAAGAGAGACCCAUUACUAUAGAAAUUCCUCAGUCAACCCUGACUCAACCAAAAUCUCUCUUCCAAGGUUUCAUUCCACCUACCACCCAGGUUGAUGAAGCAGAAGCAUUGUCGAUACUAUCUGAAACUAUAAAAUCUCAACAGUCUCUUGACGACUACGUCGAGUUCGAUCUGCAUGAUUUUUGCAUAUACCUUAACUCCGAGCUCUACCCUUAUGAGCUGAGGUCACUGCAACAUCUCGCUACUCGCCAGUUUUCUGAUUAUUUCUGUUUCGAUGGAGUCCUUGGAUGUGGCGAACAACGUUUUUUUCUUAAGAGGAUACCUUUCCAGCAACUCCCAAUUGGGAAUUAUGGGAUCGAGGAACAUACCGUGGGCGACCAAAUCUGGAUACGGUCGGAACUUAAUGAAAAGAGGAACCACGAAGUUUAUUACAAGUUGAGAUCCCCGUCAAGCGAGUACAUAAGGUUCCACGAGCCAUUCCUCUGGAUCGUUGACCUUACCAAGCAUGUGCUUGACUAUUGCGACUACUCGAAGGAGAACGGCCGUAGGGUUGUUUUGUAUGACUUCAAAUCGAACUUCAGCGUAUGGGCUCUACGGAAUCAUGGGAAAUCGGCAACGUUUAAACGAUGGCAUUCCGCUAACCGGAGUAGCGACUUCCGGGGAGCCAUUAUCGCCAAUGUGGAAUUUAUCUGGAAAGAAGCCCAUGGUUUAGAUUCUAAAACAGUUUUGUGGCAUGGGUUUUGGGAUGAGAUCAAAACAUUAAACCGGUAUAAGCCGAAUCUCAAGAUAGGUCAAGCAAUAUCCGACGAUAGUAAUAUGGUACGCUGGGGACCUUUAAAGCCGAGAAAAAACGGCCCAGUAUCCCCGACAAUAGUGACACCGUAUAUCCAUGAUCUUUUUUCUCAUAUGCUAUUUGGGAACGUUCUGAAACAAGUAAGCCCGUCGAUUUCGAUCGAGAAAAAGCGAGCAGCCUUCGUGCAGACCAGUCGUCCAAACGAGAAGACGUGUCCACCUGCGGUCAAGCGGAAAGCCUAUGAUCAUGAAUCAUCUAUUGCUUCGAUUAUAGAGGGAGAUGUUAUUUCUACCAGGCCAGAUGACGAGAGCACUGAUACAGAAUGGAAACAACAAAAAUCAAAACAUUGCGAGGGGGAGCAUUUGUGGUUUGGUCUGGUGCAGAAAAUCCACAAAUCGCCUAAAGGGAGGCGUUCUUUCGAUGUCAUAUGGUUGUAUCAACCGAUCGACACUCCCUGCGGCAUCAUGAAGUAUCCCUGGAAUAAUGAGCUCUUCUUGUCGAACAAUUGCACCUGCCAUCAUGGUACAGCAAGAGUACAAGCAGAUCAGAUUCUCUCCACGCAUGACGUCGAAUGGUUUGGGAAUCCCUCCACGACGGCGGAGUUCUUCGUUCGUCAAACCUAUCUCUCUGAUGAUUGCCGGUGGACUACUCUGAAGAGAGAACACCUUACGUGUGAGGAGGACAGGUUUCAUAAGAAGACAUCUUACAACGUCGGAGAUGCAGUCCUCGUUGAAACUGACCCGAAAGCGUUGCAGCUAGAGACAUUCAUCGUGGAAGGAUUCUUCGACGAGGGCAAUAAGCAUUACGUUAGAUUAAGGAAGCUUUUACGGAGGAGAGAUGUUGAUAAAAUAGCUUCCAACUCGCCCCCUAAUGAACUCGUCUACACAAACCAAUUUGUGGAGAUUUCUUCUCGCAGGAUCUUUCGACAUUGUCUGGUCAGAGCAUUUCGGCCGGAGGAAAAUAUACCUAGGCCCUAUGAUUUCAAUGGAACCGGCAACCUCUUCUUUAUAACACACCAAGAAGUCGAGACCGAAGAGGGCCAAUCGGCCUAUGUUCCCCUCGAUAUGAACCUGGUGCACGGUCUACGGCUAGGGUUCGACCCCUCUGAAGGGCAUAGAUCACAGAAACUCCAAGGGCUUGAUCUGUUCUGCGGCGGCGGGAAUUUCGGGCGCGGCCUGGAAGACGGCGGCGCUAUUGAGAUGCGCUGGGUUAACGACAUCUGGCACGAGGCUAUCCAUACAUAUAUGGCGAAUUGCAAGACAGACACGUGCACCCCCUUCUUGGGGUCUGUUGAUGACCUUUUACUUCAAGCUAUGCAGGGUAACAAUAGCAAAGUGCCCCAACCUGGAGACGUCCAGUUCCUUUCAGCCGGGUCGCCUUGCCCGGGCUUCUCUAUAUUAACCCCCGACAGGACCACGGAUGACCAGCGAAAGAACCAGUCGCUUGUCGCGUCUUUCGCAUCGUAUGUCGACUUGUACCGCCCGUACUACGGAAUCCUGGAGAACGUACCGCAGAUGGUAAACUCGAGAAAUUUCCGUGAUACGUGCGUCUUCUCCCAACUUGUCUGCGCGCUCGUCGGCUUGGGCUAUCAGGUUCAAGUUAUGUUCCUAGACGCGUGGUCGUUUGGUGCGCCGCAGUCUCGCAGUCGGGUAUUUCUCGUCUUCAGCGCCCCUGGCUUCCGAAUGCCUAAAGUCCCGGCGCCGUCGCAUUCGCAUCCGCCUGGUACGCGUCUAACGAAGCUUGGCGAAAUGUCUUGCGGGCGACCCUUUGAUAGGAGGGUACUCUUGUCGACCCCGUUUAGAUACGUGAGUGCUAGGGAGUCCAUAGCAGACUUGCCCGAUAUUCGGGACGCAAAACCGGAUUUCUGUGUCGGCUUUCCAGAUCAUCGACUUUCCAUUGGCUUUACACCUCCUAUGAGGAAACAGCUAUCCCUUAUUCCUAUCCACCCGUGGGGCAUGAACUUCAGCAAAGCUUGGUACGGUCGACCCGAUAUACCUCCCGUGCUGAGCGAGUCGGACCGCCAUCACCUAUAUCCUCCUAUGCCUGCGGACAGGGUACUGAGGCCGUCCAGGGGCUGGGGUCGUAUUCAUCCAAACGGCUUAUUUGGUACUAUCGCUACGAGAUGUCCACCGACGGAUGCUCGCAUAGGCGCUAUCAAUCACUGGGAACAAAGCCGCCCGCUGACCAUUCUGGAAAUCAGACGUGCGCAGGGAUUUCCCGACGACGACUUGAUUGUUGGUCCGCCGGUUACUCAAUGGCGUAUUGUCGGCAACAGCGUCGCGCGGCAGGUAUCAGUAGCUCUUGGCCUCGCCGUCCGAGAGGCCUGGUACGGAACCCUCUUCGACGAGGCGCAUGUUCCGCAGACUGGACUGGGCUUGGUUCCAGGGGGGUCGCUGUCUGUGACCCAGGAUAUACCGUCCGGCAACUUCGUCGUAGUCGAGAACGGUUUAGAGGAAAUCAAGGAAGCCGAGAUAGACUCACCAGGCUCCACUAUGCCCUCUGAGGAUCUUCUUCAGACGUCUGUUUCUCUUCAGAAUUCUCUCCCGCUGACUCCUAUAACGAUGGGGUCGGUUGAAUUCUCUGAUAGUGAAGGAAGUAGUCGUAAGAGACCGUCGCUACCUGUUGAGGUUCUGGCUAAGAGACAGCGGCUAUACACUGGCUAUAGGGAGGUGAUGGAGAAAUCUCUCGCAAUUGAGUAUUUAGAAUAAUGUUAGUAUCUUUGCUCAUUGUCAUUAGGCUUGAGAUAUGUUGAAAUGAGUGGUAAGGGGGUGGAAUAUAUAUAAGAAGGGCCAAUUCCCCAUCCAUACAGUUGUGAUACCAGGUCAAUAAACACUAUACAGCUCAUAUA